CAAGUCUGCUCCCUGGGGAGAUCCUCGACUCAGACCGUCACAGCGAAUCUACCCUGUGGUUUUAGCCAUGCCUGAACCCGCUAAACCCGCAGCAAAAAAGAAGGACCCAAAGGCAGCCAAAAAAGAGGAGAAGAAGGAAGAGAAGAAAGAGGAGCCAAAAGCAGAGGCACCAACACCGGCAGAACCAGCUCCUGCAGAGACCCAAGGGGAGCCCUCCUCUCAGUCUGAUGGGUUAUUUAUCAAAAAGCCGGAACAUGCGUUAGUAGAGAGUGGGAAGGAUGUGUCCAUCACCUUUCAAGUGGACGGAACUCAGCUCCCUGGCAAACCCACAGUGAAAUGGUUCAAGGGUAAAUGGCUGGAGCUAGGUAUUAAGAGUGGCCAGCGAUUCCAGUUCAAGGAGAGCUUCGACAAGGAGAAAAACGUUUACAGCUAUGAGUUGAAAAUUGGCAAAGUGGUGAUUGGAGACCGGGGGGAUUAUCGCUGUGAGGUGAAGGCCAAGGACAAGUUUGACAGUUGCCCCUUCAACAUUGAUGUGGAAGCUCCCAGAACAGAAGGAGACAAUGUGCUGCAAGCUUUCAAGAGGACGGGAGAAGGUGGCAAAGAUGAAGUUGCAGGAGAGCUGGACUUCAGCGGGUUGCUAAAGAAGCGAGAAGGGCAGGAGGAAGAGAAGAAGAAAAAGAAAGAUGACGAUGAUGAUAUGGGUAUCCCGCCAGAGAUCUGGGAAAUGCUGAAGGGCGUGACCAAGAAAAGCGAGUAUGAACGCAUUGCCUUUCAGUACGGCAUCACAGAUCUACGUGGCAUGCUCAAAAGACUGAAGAAAGCCAAAGUGGAGAUCAAGAAGAGUGCAGCUUUCAUGACAAAAUUGGACCCUGCCUACCAAGUUGAUAAAGGGCAGAAAAUCAGAAUGUGGGUGGAACUGAGUGACCCAGACCUGGCUAUCAAAUGGAUGAAGAAUGGGCAAGUGAUCAAACCUAGUGGCAAGUACAUCUUUGAGAAUGUGGGCAAGAAGCGCAUCAUGACGAUCACCAAAGCCACACUGGCUGAUGACGCAGCAUACGAAUGUGUUGCUGGGGAAGAAAGGAGCUUCACAGAAGUCUUUGUCAGAGAGCCACCUGUCACAAUCAAUGUUGGCUUGGACGAUCAGCAGGUAUAUGUUGGGGACAAGGUGGAGAUGGAGGCGGAAGUGUCUGAGGAAGGAGCCCAAGUGAUAUGGAAGAAAAAUGGCGUAGAGCUGACUCGUGAGGAUGCCUUCAAGUACCGCUUCAAGAAGGAUGGCAAGAAACAUAUCCUCCUUAUCAAUGAGGCCACCAAAGAAGAUGCUGGCCGUUACCAGAUCUUGACUAAUGGUGGCAGUUCAGAGGCUGAGCUGGCGGUUGAAGACAAACCACUCGAGGUCCUUCAGGGUAUCGCUGAUCUAACUGUCAAAGCAGCAGAACAGGCUGUCUUCAAAUGCGAGGUGUCUGAUGAGAAGGUGACUGGCAAAUGGUACAAGAAUGGAGUUGAGGUCCGGCCCAGCAAACGCAUCACCAUUUCUCACAAGGGCAGGUUUCACAAGCUGGUCAUUGAUGACGUGAGACCAGAAGAUGAAGGAGACUAUACUUUUAUUCCUGAUGGAUAUGCUAUCUCCUUAUCUGCCAAACUCAACUUCCUGGAAAUCAAGAUUGAAUAUGUCCCUAAACAAGAGCCCCCCAAGAUCCACCUGGACUGUUCUGGAAAGACACAUGAAAACACCAUUGUGGUAGUUGCAGGGAAUAAGGUGCGCUUGGAUGUGCCCAUCACUGGGGAACCAGCACCUGUUGCCACCUGGAUGAAGGGCGAUGUGGUCUUUACUGACACUGAGGGCCGUGUUCGUAUAGAAGAGCGGAAGGAGCUGAGCAGUUUUGUGAUAGAAAGUGCUGAGCGCACUGAUGAAGGGAGUUACACCAUCAAGGUGACCAAUCCGGUGGGUGAGGACACAGCCACCCUCAAUAUCAAGGUUGUAGAUGUUCCCGAUCCCCCUGAAGCUGCGCACAUCACUUCGGUGGGAGAGGACUGGGCCAUUUUGGUGUGGGAGCCACCUAAAUAUGAUGGGGGGAUGCCUGUGACAGGGUAUCUGAUGGAGCGUAAAAAGAAGGGAAGCAUGCGCUGGAUGAAGCUAAAUUUUGAAGUUUUCACGGAAACUACCUAUGAGUCUACCAAGAUGAUUGAGGGAGUGCUUUAUGAGAUGCGUGUCUUUGCUGUCAAUGCCAUUGGAAUCUCUCAGCCCAGCCUGAACACCAAACCUUUCAUGCCAAUCGCCCCCACGAGCGAGCCGCUUCACCUCACCUUGGAAGACGUAACAGACACCACAGCCACACUGAAAUGGCGUGCUCCAGAUCGGAUUGGUGCAGGGGGCAUCGAUGGCUACCUCAUUGAGUACUGCAAGGAAGGAACUGAUGAAUGGAUAGCUGCCAACACAGAGCUGGUUGAGCGUUGUGGUUUUACUGCCAAGGGACUUCCUACUGGCGAGAAGCUUUUAUUCCGGGUUGUUGCAGUCAACAUUGCGGGCAAGAGUCUACCAGCCACCUUUGGGCAGCCUGUAACCAUCCGAGAAAUUGUCCAGCAGCCCAAGAUUCGUCUUCCUCGCCACCUCCGACAGACAUAUAUCAGGAGAGUGGGGGAGCAAGUCAACUUAGUGAUCCCCUUCCAGGGUAAACCUCGUCCUAAAGUCACAUGGACAAAAGACGGGCAGCCUCUGGACCCCAAGGAGGUGGCCGUCCGUACCUCAGAGGUAGACACCAUCCUCUUCAUCCGCUCGGCUGCCCGGCACAAUUCAGGCCACUAUGAACUCUCAGUUCAGAUUGAGAACAUGGAGGACAAAGCUGUCAUUAAGAUCCGCGUUGUGGAGAAGCCAGGUCCGGCGCAUAAUGUGAUGGUGAAAGAGGUGUGGGGAUUCAAUGCUUUAGUAGAAUGGGAGCCUCCCAAGGACGACGGGAAUUCAGAGAUCACUGGUUACUCCAUCCAAAAAGCUGACAAGAAGACCAUGGAGUGGUUCACGGUAUACGAACACAACCGUCUUACACGCUGCACGGUAUCCGACCUUAUCAUGGGCAACGAGUACUACUUCCGAGUCUUCAGUGAGAACAUAUGUGGACUCAGCGAGACUCCUGGGGUCUCAAAAAACACAGCUUUCAUUCAGAAAACUGGAAUAGUCUGUAAACAGACAGACUACAAGGAACAUGACUUCCGCAUGGCCCCCAUUUUCCUGACACCGCUGGUGGAUCGGACAGUGGUGGCUGGCUAUACCACCGCCCUCAACUGUGCUGUGAGGGGACACCCCAAACCCAAAGUGAUCUGGAUGAAGAACAAAAUGGACCUCAGUGGUGAUUCCAAGUUCCUCCAGAAAAAUAGCCAAGGGGUGCUGACCCUCAAUAUCCGAAAGCCAAGUCCUUUCGACAGUGCCACUUAUUCUUGCAAGGCCAUCAACGAGCUGGGUGAAGCCCUUGUGGAGUGCAAGCUGGAGGUCAAAGCGCCCCAGUAAUCUUAUUGCCACAACUGCCAAGACUGAAAGAGUUUACCAUUGUCCUUUUUCCCAUGGUGUUCCAUCCUACAAGGUGUGCUGUGGGGCAAGGGGAAAGUCAAGUUAUUUAUCUCCCCACCUCAGAACAAGCCACGCAUCUUGCGCUGGGAUAGAAGCAACUACCAUAGAACAGCCAAUCCUCUUGUAUCUGUUUGUGUGUCUGUCUGGUUGGUUGUUCUGUCAAUAAAGUGAUCUUGAUGGGAUAA